AUGGCAGCAUCCGAUUUCCUCCUCCCAGUGCGGGAGUUUCUGUCAACACCUUUCACGGCCGCUUUCUGCGCCGGUGGUGUGGCAGGCGCUGUCUCCCGCACCGUGGUCUCCCCUUUAGAACGUUUAAAGAUUCUGUACCAGAUACAAAGCGCCGGUCGCAAUGAAUACAAAAUGUCCAUUGUCAAAGCUCUGAAGAAGAUGUACACCGACGAGGGUUGGAGAGGGUUCAUGCGAGGAAAUGGCACAAAUUGCGUACGCAUAAUACCGUACUCUGCCGUCCAGUUCGGAAGCUACAAUGUCUACAAACGCUUCGCCGAACCUUCACCUGGCGCCGAACUAGAUCCCAUUCGUCGACUCGUCUGCGGCGGCCUGGCCGGUAUCACCUCUGUCACCUUCACCUAUCCUCUGGACAUUGUCCGUACGCGCUUGUCCAUCCAGUCAGCCUCUUUUGCCGCGCUUGGAAAACACGAAGGGAAGCUGCCGGGGAUGUGGCAGACCAUGAUUAUAAUGUACAAAAAUGAGGGCGGUAUGUUGGGUCUUUACAGGGGCAUCAUCCCAACAGUGGCUGGCGUUGCCCCCUAUGUUGGGCUCAACUUCAUGGUGUAUGAAUCGGUCAGAAAAUACUUCACGGAACCGGGCGAGAAGAAUCCUGUCUGGUAUCGAAAGCUUGCCGCUGGCGCCAUCUCGGGGGCGGUCGCCCAAACUUGCACUUAUCCUUUUGAUGUUCUCCGCCGGCGCUUUCAAAUCAAUGCAAUGAAUGGCAUGGGAUACCAAUACAAGUCGAUAUGGGAUGCGGUCAGAACCAUUAUCGCACAGGAAGGAUUUCUUGGACUUUACAAGGGAAUCAUGCCCAAUCUGCUCAAAGUCGCCCCGAGUAUGGCUAGCAGCUGGCUCAGCUUUGAGAUCACAAGGGAUUUCUUGGUUGGCCUCGCUCCAGAAAAAGAGAAUGGAGACCCCAUCUGA